AUGGGAACUAUAUUCUCUAGUCAGAUGUCCAAGAAAAAGAAAACUGGUGGACAUGAAUUGCAAGAAGAGCAAGCACUGCCUAAUCCAUUACCUGAUUCUGAUACAAAAGCAACAAAAGAGCCAAUAAACUUCAACUAUGUCUUACAGGAUGCUGCUGAGGUCCCCAGCUUCAUUUGGCACAUGACUAAAAUUGAAAAGCUUAAUCUGUCUCACAACAGGCUGCCCAAGCUUCCUUCUACAGUUGCCAAACUGGAACAAAUAGCAGUUCUUAAUGUAAGUGGUAACAGAAUUGUUCACCUUCCCAGGGAAAUUGGUCUGUUGAAGAACCUCAAAGUUCUUUUUGUCAACAUGAAUUAUCUGUGUGAGAUGCCUGAGGAGUUGAGUUUUUGUAGAAAGUUAGAAGUCCUCAGCCUGUCACACAAUUUCAUAUCAGAACUUCCUGCAACAUACAGUGGCCUCUCUAAGUUAAGGAAGCUAAAUCUAAGCAAUAACUGGAUAGUUAACAUCCCCUCAUGUGUCUUCCAAAUCAAGACUCUGGAUUUUCUGCACCUGGGAGCAAACAAAAUAGAAAACAUUGCAGAAAGUAUUAAAUGUCUACAGAACCUAACAAUUCUGAUUAUUGACAAUAACAGGAUCAGUGUGUUACCUCGAUCUGUUUGUUUAUUGACCUCCUUGGAACUCCUAAAUUUGGAUUAUAACAACAUACAAAUACUUCCAAAUGACCUGUUCUUAUUAAGAAGACUACAACGAAUUGCGUGGAACCCAGUCGACAAAGGUCUACAUAUUCAAAACAAUCCUUUAGUGAAGCCCUUAUCAGAGGUUGUAGAAGGUGGAAUAGAUAUGCUGUUCAGUUAUCUUAAAGACAUAAAAAAAAUAAACUGA